AUGUGGAGAUUGUCUGAAAUUGAUAGAACAGAUUUGUCAAAGUCGAAGAGGUCGCCUUUGAGGGCAUCUUAUAAUCCUGUUUUUAUAUUGAAAUUAAAGGAAGGUGUUGGUGUUAAUAAGUUGGAAGCUAAGGAGUCAAUACAUCACACUUCAGAUAGGAAAUAUCUUGAUAAUUUUAUAAGUUACAUAAUAUUUUAUGGAAAUCGGACGACACAAUGUACGAGUGGACAUUCGUUGAUAAAAACUUUAAAUUCAACGAUGGAUCCAUUGAGAGUUCAACUCAGCCUCGAGAAGGAAAACAGAACAAUGAGAGUUAACACAAAUGAAAUAACAGAACAUCAGCAAACAUUUAAUGAAAAAUGUAAAUUAAAUACUUUUAAUGGUUAA